AUGGGAAAAGGUCCCUCAGUUACUCACCGAAUUUCUUCGAAGAGGCAGCACUCUCGAGAUGAGACAGACGUUUCCAAGAGAUCUCGGACUUCUGAGGGCAAGAGAGAGCAAGGGAAAUCGAAGAGGAAAGCCUCCGAUGAAGAGGUGGCUCGGCAGGAGAAGCUCAUGAAGGCACUCGAAGCAAAGCGGGCCCUAGAUGUUGCUAACAAGCAGAAGAAGCAGAAGAAAGACAACGAAGCCAAAGAGAAGAAGGAUGCCCAAAGCAACAAGCCGGCCACGGAGUUGAAGGAAAGCAAAAACAAGGAAGGCAAAGACAAGAAGGAAGACGAACACAAAGAAGCCAAAGACAAGAAGGAAGGCAAAGACAAGGAAGCCAAAGACAAGAAGGAAGACAAAGACAAGAAGGAAGACAAAGACAAGAAGGAAGGCAAAGACAAGAAGGAAGGCAAAGACAAGAAGGAGGAAGACAAAGACAAGAAGGAAGACAAAGACAAGAAGGAAGGCAAAGACAAGAAGGAAGGCAAAGACAAGGAAGACAAAGACAAGAGAGCCAAAGACAAGAAGGAAGACAAAGACCAGGAAGCCAAAGACAAGAAGGAAAACAAAGACAAGGAAGCCAAAGACAAGAAGGAAGACAAAGGCAAGAAGACAAGCAAAGGCAAGAAGGAAGGCAAAGACAAGAAGGCAAGCAAAGACAAGAAGGAAGGCAAAGACAAGAAGGAAGGCGACGAGUCCCAGGAUGAUGAGUCGGAGAAUGCCUACGAUAAAGCGGCCAUCAUCGAGGCACAGCUAGCAGCCCAGGAGCUUGCUGCGCAUCCAUCCCCGGAUCUCGAGGGAUCAGAGGCAUCAUGGGAUCGUUCCGAGAGCGGCAGCGCUGCGGAAGAGGAGGAGGAGGAAGCUUCGCAGGAGGCAGAGGAUGCCCAUGCCUGUGAAACCGAGGAUCUGCCGGCGUCACAGGAUUGCCAGCUGGACGACUCAGAGAUGGGCAGCAGUUCGGCUGAGGAUUCUUCUGAGGAGGAGCGGGACGGCGAGACCGACUCGGAAGAUGACGAGCCCGGCAAGGCUUCCUUGAGCGAGACCGUUCAAGCCGAGGAGGAUGACGGGAACGGAGUGGUGCGGAACAGCUUCCCAGAUGAAGUUGAUCGGUGUUUCAGUUGUACGACCCAUAAGAAGGAAUGGGCUGCAUUCGAUCGUGCAAUCAGAAAUCGCCAGAAGUUCCCCAGCAGCCUGAGAGCUACCUGGCUGAAGCUAGCUAGGGUAAAGAUGACUCUGGAACGAAAGCACGAAAAAAAGAACCUCAAUCGGCAGGAAGUAGUUGCCAUCCAGGGCAAAGAUCUCAAGAAGAAGUAUGAAACGGAGGAAAUGUACAAGCAAGUAAUUGCAAAAAGAAAAGCCGAAGGACGUUGGUACCAAGACAAGGACUUCCCGGACAAUGAGGAUGAAGCCUGGUACUAUAUGCCACAGGGCCACCUGCUGCGCCUUGACAACUCCACGAGCGAAGCGCAGAAGCUUGCUGUUGAGCAAGCGAUGGACGAAGAUUUGGCAAAGAUUUUGGAAGAGACUGGUGUGCUGCAGGCAGGCAGCCUGCCUUCUGCACAUGCAGCCACCGAGGCUGGUGAGAAAGCCCUCAUGGCCAUCUUCGACAACGAAGGAGCGGUUCAGAAGCGAGCCGCAAAGCCGAAGAAGGAUAAAGAGGCGACUGAGGCUGAGGAGAUGAAGCCCAAAACCCUGCAAGAGCAAGUUGCAGAAAAGAAGCCGGAUAUCCUAAAGGAUUCCACGAAGGCUCGGGAGACCUCCAUCACCCUGACCAACCUCAACUACGGCGGCGACCUAUCGGGUCAGCUGCUGACGUUCUCGAAACAGAUGGAGCUGGCCUACAAGAAGAUCACCCAGCUUGAGGAUAAAAGUGACAGUCAGAAAAAUCUGAAGAAGAUUCUCAGAUGGGUGGAUGCGAAGAAGCCAUGGUUCAGACAAGCCCAGGCAGCAGCAAACGGCCUGCAGUCUGGAUUGAAAGCCAAAAAGAAAGCAACAAAGAAGGCAGCCGCCAAAGGUGUGGCUGGUGAUGGGUUAUCCGAGCCGAGGCAUGCAUCCUUUCAUCGGAGACGAAACUAUGGCUCUCUGCCACAUUCUCAUGCUGCAGAAGAGCUUCUGGAAAUGAUUGGUAGUGGGAAGAUGAAUGUGUCUCAUGUACAAGGUCUGGCUGCAGCAAUGGUUCGCGACGGGAUACCCCAAGAAUCAGUUGCUGGUUUUGCAAGUUUGGGCUCGUUCGGUGCCCAUGCUUCGAAUGCUGAACGAGACCUGCAUACGUGGCUUCGCGGCAUCUAUGGAAUGACAUUGGAACCAUACUUCAUAGAUGUCAUGCUUCAAAGAGACGACAUUGGUGGGGAGGAAGACACACCUUUGAAGGAGACCGUGUCCACAAAGAUACCUGUGCUCCUACCACACGAGGUCUUCUCUGCGAUUCAUUCUGCAAGCGACUAUCAG